GGCAUCAGCAUGCUCCUUCAGCAGCAGCAGACACUCCGCCUUUUGUGAGCCCCCUCGCUGCAGUGGGAGGGGGAGCGCGUUACUAUCAAGCCCAAGGGGAGAGGCCAAGAAGUAUCCUCCAAUCCAGUGAUUCCUCUCAUUUUGAGAGGCUGCAGAUGAGUUGAGACACUCGCCUCAACACUUCCCUGGAAUACUUUUUUUUUUUUAAACACGCAUCAGUGGAUAUUUCCAUUAGGCUGCAUGCAGAAGGACUUAAAUGGACUUCCAUUCUUGACUGUUUCCUCCUCAUUGUGGGCUGAAGAUGGACUGGCUUCAAUAGAGUUUCCACUCAGGGGAUUUAGAAAAGUAGUUGGAACGGAAAGAGUCUGGGAGGAGAUCCCGGGCCUCCCCUGAAGGCUGGGUGAGUCCACCCCACUUGAGUAAUAUGAGUCAGAGUUCAGGUGUAGUGGAGUGUAAGUGGGGAUUAGCAGCUUCAGCCGCUUAUAGCUGGCAGCAAACAGUGAUUUGAAAGUGCGGAGAUUAGAGUGAAGGAGGGGACAGGAGGAUGUGAGAGCCUGCUCUCUUUCUGCUCAGGGUGCAGCUAUUAACGCACCCAGGUCCUUCCCAGCAGCCAGAGGACAAUUGAAUCAGUUGGGCUCAGACUCGGUCAAUACCCGACUCCGUCUGACCUGAUGGAAGCCACGUGAAUCGAUCGCUGGAAUGUAAAUAUUGAUGAGGAACGAGCCUCACACGUCACAAAAUCCCAUCGAUCUGGGAGCAGGUUGUCGCUCCUGUCUGCUUAAGAGGUCACUCACUCAAUUGCAGUCCAGACUUGGAGUGCUGAGUCGGCGUUAAUGUUGAGAACCGGUGGUGUUUAUCAUCGCUGGCAGGUGCUGCUGAAACUCUUCAUCAUGACUGAGGGACGUUUGUGUUGGAGGCCAGCUGACGGCUACUGAAGCAGACACAGAACUGAAAGAAGUUCAAGUUUUAAGAGCCGCCAUGUCAUGGCAGAGAGCAGAGCGAAAGCCUGAAAGUUGAAGAAGCAGAAUGCUUCCAAGCGAUGGACACACCAAACACGUGUUUCAGGAUUUGGAUUCUUGAGCUGUGAAAGAAGAGGACCAGCAUGUGUUAAACUCAGGGGCUGAAGAGGCGAGCACGGCGCUGAGGAAGAGGGUGGGGUUCUCCCUCUGCCACAGACAAAGACCUGGUCAACAGACCUGCACACAGAUCCGCACAGAACCGCACACCUUCACCAGUCAAUAUGGGCUGCAACAUGUGUGUGGUCCAAAAGCCAGAGGAGCAGUACAGAGUCAUGUUCCAGGUGAACACAAAGCAGCUCACUGGUCUCUCUGGGGACCCCACCCUGGGUGUUCGGAACCCGGUUCUGUCUGGUAUACUGAGGCAUGGAGCCCGCCAUCGCGCCGCUCUGAACGGAGCCCCCGCAGGUCUGGUGACCGUGGGCACGGCCGACUGUGUCGACAGCUGCACCCAAACAGACAUCAGCUUCCAGCAUAUGUUGACCCUUGGUCGGGGUAGCCAGCACCCCUGUGGAGCCCCUGCACCCCCGCACCCUCCCCCUUCUCCCCCUCUGCCGCCGCUGCUGGAGCCGUAUCUGCUCAAUGAACUCUUCAUGGACCACGUCUACUAUGAUCCGGUGGACUACUUUGACGUGGCUCAACACGAGGCGGACCGGCAGGAAGAGCUGGAGUACGAGGAGGUGGAGCUGUACAAGUCUCAGCAGCAGGACAAACUGGGCCUGACUGUGUGCUACAGAACAGAUGAUGAGGAGGAUCUAGGGAUAUUUGUGGGCGAGGUGAACCCCAACAGCAUUGCCGCUAUGGACGGACGCAUCCGGAAAGGGGAUCGAAUCCUGCAGGUCUGCCUCCCUCCCGACCUUGUGAGACUCGUUCAGAACCAAACCGCUGUCUUUCAGAUUAACGGCGUGGACGUCCAGGACAGAGAGGAAGCAGUGGCCAUCUUGACCAGAGAGGACAGCACGAAUGUGUCGCUCCUGCUCGCGAGACCCGAAAUAGAAGAUCAGGACGUGGAGGUGGAUCCUGAAGAGCCUGUGGACAGUUCCGCCCGCCUGGCCAGCGACCUGAUGUCAGGCAGCAGCACGGUUCUGGGGACAGUGGCGUGCGGUGUGAGCAGCUACUCGUCAGACCUUCUCCAAACGGUGCUGAGCAACAGCCAGGAGCUGGACAGCGGCGUGGGCCGCACCGAUGAGAGCACUCGCUACGAGGAGUCUUCAGAACACGACCUGCUGGGGGACGACCACACCAGCGCCCCCAACACCAAUGCCACCAACACCCCAGGCAGCAUGCGGAGGUUCCUGUCCAGCCGCGGAGGAACCCCACCGCUGCUCCGUUCCCAAGACCUGCAGUUCAGCACGGACUCUCUUUUGGGACUGGACAGUGGGGAUCCGGUGAGGGCGGCGCUGCCGGGGCUGACGGAGGAGGAGUGUGAACGCUACAAGGAGCUCUUGGAGAUCAAGUGCUUCUAUGAGAAGAACAGAGACGGGCCUCAAGAUGAAGUGUCUCUGGAUGUGAAUAGGAACGAGAACCUGACUCAGCACGAGAUGGCUCUGCUGGAGGAGGAGCUGCGUCACCUGGAGUUCAAGUGUCGGAACAUCCUGAGGGCGCAGAAGAUGCAGCAGCUGAGGGAGAGGUGUCUGAAGGCCUGGCCCCUGGAGGAGAGCGCCGGGACGAGCCCGGGAGCAGGCGGCCUGUGGGACAUCAACGAGCUCCCCGAGAAGGAACGCCUGGACAACACAGGAGGGGGGGGUCGCAGGAGCACCCCUCUGGUGAACCAGGGCCUGGAGAGGGAAGAAGCAGUGCCACCCAGGCCGAGGGGCGAGGAGCAAGCCAACCUGAACCACUCCACACACUUCAAUAAGAGGGGCUUUGAGCCAAGGAGCUCAAGAUCGCUGUCCCAAAAUGGGGGUUCCCGUCGGGCCUCAGAGGGAGGAGGGGUGAGGCGUAAGGAGAGCGACGGCUCGGACCAGAACAGCCCGUAUCUGUCCCAGCCACCCCAGAGGUACCGGAGCUGCAUGCAGCUGAGGUCCACCUCAGACCGGUUUGGAGGACUCCAGGAAGCCUCCAGGGAAGACGACAUGGACCCCGACGGGGACAGCAGCCCGAUGAGUCUGGGGAGCACGUGCAGGAAUCUGGAGCUCAUCCCCAAAGCCACGCCCACCUCCCCUCGGAUGGAGUGGAAGGUGAAGAUCCGGAGCGACGGCUCCCGUUACGUGGCCAAGCGGCCCGUGAGGGACCGUCUGCUGAAGGCGCGCGCCAUGAAGAUCAGCGAGGAGCGCAGCGGCAUGACGACGGACGACGACGCGGUGAGUGAGAUGAAGAUGGGCCGCUACUGGAGCAAAGAGGAGCGCAAGCAGCAGCUGCUGAAGGCUCGGGAGCAGCGGCGGCGUAAGGAGUUCAUGAUGCAGAGCCGCUUGGGCUACCUGAGGGAGCGCGACACAGGCCAGCAGGGGGCGACACAGUACGAGUCCAAUAACGUCCUGGAGCUGUGCCAUCGCAAGAGCAGCAAGAAGCGUAGUCGCAGAAUCCUCGACAACUGGUUUACAAUUCAAGAACUUCUGACUCACGGGAGCAGAUCUUCUGAUGGGUCAAAGGUCUACAACCCCCUGCUGUCUGUUACCACCGUGUGACGGUCUCCAGGAGCACAAACACGUCAAAGAUCAACUGAAGCCGUUUUCAGCUUCAGUUUAGCCACAUUCAAUUCAAUUCGUGACUUUGUUUUUUAACAAAAAAAAAACCCUCCCAUUUUGACACAACUUAACUAAAAAAUCACUUACCAUGGAAAAGUUCCACACAUACAUUUUUCCAAGACAUUUCAAUUCAACGAAGAAAAGCACAAACAACUCUGGGCGUGUCGGCGUCUCCGUACUGUAAACCAACAGCGACACCUGCUGUUAGAAAGGAGCACAACCCUUAUAGUUUCCUAAGUUACGCUCAACAUCGAUGUUACCUGAAGCACUGACUAGAUCAGCACUAGCUGAGUUUCACGAUGCUCUUUGUGUAUAUAUAUAUUUGAUUUGACGCCAGCCAUGAAGCACAUUUUGUGAUACGAAAGUACAAAUGUUCUGUGUACUAAUAACUGUUGAAGCAAAUAACCAGGUUGACUGACAGACCUGAAGCAUGUUUGAAGCCGCAGGGCCUUUUUGAAUACAAACUUUUCUUAAUCUGUUCUUGUUGGUGUUUUCUAGAAUAGAAUGAAAUCCAGCCGUUUUUUCGACUUUGUGGCGUCUUGUCUAAUGUUU